AUGCACGGCCCUGAAAUUGUGUCGGCAACACUUCUACAAAGUAAGACGAAGAUUGAAAUUAAAGAUAAAAAGAUAAGUUCAUUAAUAGUAUUCGAUUCGAGCAUUAAAAGUGAAUCAUGCAAUGAAUUUACUGCGGAAAAUGUUGUAGAUGAUGAAAAAUUAAUUUAUUAUUAUCCAUCUAGUGACUCAAAAUUAAUAAAACAUCAGCAAAUGAGCUUAGUGGAAGGAUUGAUUUCAAUGUCAUCACUCAUAAUAGGAUGCGGUGAGUUAAUAAAUUAUGUAAAAACACGCCAACAUGAAAUUGUUUUUAAAAAAAUAAAAGAUUCAGAAAUAGCCGUUUGUAUUGUGAUGCAAUUACCACAUUACAUCAAAAUACAAUCAGGAGAAGUUGUUGAUAUUGAGUUUAUUGAAGAUGACAUAUAUGAUAAACAAAAUAGUAAAAUUUCAAGUGACUAUUCUGAUUAUUUACCUCACCAAUUUAGAAACAAUAGCAAAUGUAUAAACCCUGCUCAAGAAGAGAAUAAUAGAGAACCACUUUUAUCAAUAUUGGACAAAUUUAUAGAAACCUUUACAUUGUUACAUGGAGAAGUUAUGAAUAUAGAAAAGAAAUAUUUAAUAUACAUUCUUGAAGAUUUUGUUCCUGCAUUCAUUGAAACUAUCGACCUCAAUACUUUGUCUAUCACUACAAGUAUGAAUGGCUUUUAUUUUGCUCCUGUUGAAAGACAAGUUCAAAUUUCAAUAAUAAAUUUGGUAGAAAACAUAAUAAACAAUAAUAAUCAAGUUUCACAUAUUUCAAUAUUAUUUGACGCUCAUAUGCUGUAUUCAACGCUUGAUUCUCUAUCAAGCAGAGUACUUUACAAUUACUUAGUAAUGCACAAUGGAAUUGCAAUGAAUGACAAACUUUGUAAUGUACCUUAUGGCAGGUUUCCUACAGCAUCUUCUUUAGAAAAAAGAGGCGGAUUUUCAGCCUUCGGAAGAAGUAAUAAAUUUUCAGUUGAUGGAUUCAUCUUUGGUCCUACUUCAACUAAUGGUCAAAAAAGCAAAGGAAACUUAGUUUUUUCACCCAAAAUAUUCCUUCCUUGCACUCAGCAAAAGUGGUAUAAGUUAUUGGCAUUUACAUAUAAUGAAAUUAUGGUAGUUAUUUUGUUAAGAACAGAAUUCGAUACUAAAUCUGUAGAUUAUAACUUUGACGAGGAGAAAUCGUCUGAAAUAAACCAAGAUUUACAGUUUUGUAUCGAUUUAAAGAAUCACAUAAUAGAUUGUAAUGGUGGCCUUUCAGAGUUGUAUGGACAAAUAUUUGAACAAUUCAUGAACAUCAUGAAUUCUACAGAUUCAUUUCGUUUCUUUUACAUUAACAAAUCUAAUUCUGCGAUAAGAAGGUCAAAUAGAUUACUUGGGACUACAAAAACACUAAUGUCUUCAGCAGAAGGUGACUGCGUAUUAAGGGCAACAAGAAUGAUAAAUUCUAGUGAUAACAUAAAUAGUUUUGUUUUUAAAUCAAGUAAUGAGGGAUGGAUUGUAUGUAGAAAAUCUCUUGACCGCACAUUCUAUUUAUUUUUUGAAGAUAGUAAAAUUCCACUUUCAAAAAUUUUAGGUAAGUUAAAUCAUUUAUUAUAG